AUGGAGGCAGCGCUUCUGUGGUUCUGCAACUGGACCACGCUGGGCGUGUGCGCCGCGCUCAAGCUGCCGCAGAUCUCGGCCGUGCUGGCGGCGCGCAGCGCGCGGGGCAUCAGCCUCUCGAGCCUGCUGCUGGAGCUGGCGGGGUUCCUGGCGUUUCUCCGGUACCAGUGUUACUGCGAGUACCCGCUGCUGACCUACCUGGAAUACCCCAUCCUCAUCGCGCAAGACCUCCUCCUCCUCCUCUGCAUCUUCCAUUUUAACGGGAACGUGAAGCAGGCUGCACCGUACAUCGCUGUAUUUGUGUCUUCCUGGUUCAUCCUCGGCCUGCAGAAGUGGAUCAUAGACCUGGCCAUGAAUUUAUGUACUUUCAUCAGUGCGGCUAGUAAGUUUGUGCAGCUGCAGCAUCUGUGGAAGACGAGGGACUCAGGAGCUGUUAGCGCACUGACCUGGAGCCUCUCUUCAUACACCUGUGCGACAAGAAUAAUAACAACUUUAAUGACCACCAAUGAUUUUACAAUUCUUAUACGAUUUGUGAUCAUGCUGGCUUUAAAUAUAUGGGUAACAGCUACAGUACUUCGCUACCGGAAGACCAUUAAAAAGGCUGAGUGAUGGAUACAUUAUUCCUACCGACAAAGUGGAUUUCAAAAAGACUGAACCAAAGGGGAAUAAAAGCUAUUGCUAAAUCAUGGUCUUUUAUAAAUUUAGUCAAUCAUUUCAGAAACUUUGAAGCCAAAGGUUUUUUUUUUUUUUUUCUUAAGACUCGAAAGAGCAACUUAAGUACUUGUUUAAAAAUGCCAGUUUCCCUCCUCCUUUCCCCACUUCCAUUAGGUUUUAUACGGUAGGGCUCAACCAUCUACAGUUUUGAGAAGGCUGGUGACUGAUGGAAGUCAUACAAGAAGCCCAUUUUAAGGAGAUCAUUUUGACCAUAACCUUGAAGUCAUUAAGUUCUCUCUGAAGUGCUAACUACAUUUCUCAGCUUUCAGAAUCUUUUAAUAAAUCCUCUUUACAACAAAAAGUGAACAUGAACAGAAUGGGAUUUACUCAAAAUCAGGGUGAAAUUGUAAUAAAUUACUAGGGUUCACUUUCUGAGACUAAUGUUUAAUUGUAACAUAGAUAUAAUAGGAUGGUCUUGUUUUAUGUCAUAGUACAGUAUAACACCUGCUUAGGCUAUAGCAAGGAUAUCAAGGCAAGUAUAAAUGUAACUGGCUUGACUAUGUAUACCAAAACAGUCUUAACUUUGCACUGGGCCUUUAAGUAAUUCCUAACAAAGGGUACUAUUAGCUGCAAUCUCUACUUAUGAUGAGGAAAUCAGAACAAACUUCUGAUUUAAGCAUAAUGCUGCCAUUUUUUAAAGGGCCACACCUAUACAAUUACUGUUAGGAGAUUUUGGUACAAAAUACCAGGUUUUGUCUAUUGAAAAUAUAUGCAGUAAAGGGUGUUGCUAGGUUCUAGCUAA